AUGACGCCACCCCUCCUGUCUAAACCCAAGGAAGGUGAAGUUUUACAACUUUACCUUGCCGUCAGCACGACAGCAGUCAACGCGGUGUUUUCCCGAGAAGACGAAACGCAACAACUGCCCAUCUACUACAUCAUUAAGUCCUUAUUAGAGGCAGAAACCAGGUAUUCCUCCCUCGAAAAACUUGUUCUAGCACUCGUCACUGCAGCCAAAAGACUAAGGCAUUAUUUUGAAACUCACCAAAUAGUGGUGAUGACUAACUAUCAAAUUAAGUCUAUGAUGCGUAGGCCAGAACUGACAGGUCGAAAGGAAAUAUGGACGAUGGAACUAGGAGGAUUCGGUAUCAAAUACCAACCGAGGACGGCUGUAAAGUCGCAGGCCCUAGCAGACUUUGUGGCAGACUUCAGCCCCGACUUGGAGAAGAUAGCAGACGACGAAGUCAAACACAUCAACAGUAUAGGCAGAACGUGGACACUCUUCGUCGACGGCUCAUCUAACUUUCGUGGUGCAGGUUUAGGCGUCGUGCUGAAAUCACCACAAGGGGACAUGAUAGCACAUACCAUAUGCUGCGACUUUAAAGUGACGAACAACGAAGAAAAGUACGAGGCACUAAUCGCCGGAAUGACGUUAGCUGGAAAGUUUGGAGCAAGCGGACUCGACAUCUUCAGCGACUCACAACUGAUCAUCAACCAGAUCAACGACGACUACGAAGCUAAAGACCUAAAAAUGACCUUGUACCUCGAGAAGGCCAAAAAAUUAACCACAAAGUUCAAACCCUUCUCAAUAAAACAAAUACCACGAGACCAAAACACACAAGCCGAUGCACUCGCAAACUUAGGAUCUGCACUCAGAAGAUCACCAUUCUCGACCAUACCCUUAGAUGUGCUAUUCAAAAAAUCAGCCAACGGAAUGAUGAUGCGAUGUGCAGAAAAGACAGAAUGGGAAGGACUACUUCAGCAAUACCACGAAGAAGAAUGCGGAGGACACGAGGGAGGACGAAGCUUAUCAACAAGGAUCAAGAGGAACGGAUACUAUUGGCCGACGAUGUUCAAAGAUGCCAUGAGGUACGUUGCCAAGUGCGACAAAUGCCUAAGGCACGCAAGUAUGACACAUAAGCCAUCCGAGUUCUUGCAUCCAACCUUAACACCGUGGCCUUUCAUGAAAUGGGGAAUGGACAUCGUCGGUUUGGAGUACCCUCAGAGAUCAUAUGCGACAACGGGUCAUAGUUCAUCAGCGACAAGACAAGAGCUUUCUGCAAAACAUGGAACAUCGAGCUGA